GCUUCUUUUGCUUCUUUCACAAGGAUUUCCCCAAUUGUGUCAGUCUGACAAAAACGAAGCGAAUUCGCUUUUAUAUUGCACUUAAAAAGCAAAAAUUUUGUUGAAAUAGAGUUAUCGACUUUAAAUUCUUGAAGAAAAGACUUUAAAAUUUCAACUUAUCCUUGUUAAAACUUUAAGUUUUCACUGUUUUCAUCUCCCACCAAUUGAAAUUUUCUCAGAACGUCUGAAGGAAGAGCAAAAAAGCGCUUAAAAACUCUUUAAUUGCCUUUUCAUAUAAACGGAUACGAUGCCUCGCCCAAGACGACGUGCUGCCAACAAUACUGAUAUGGUCGAAGUUUCAAAUGCAAAACGACCGAAAACAGCAUCGAGUCGAUCCAAACAAGCAUCUGAGGAGUUGAAAUUUAACACAAAUAGACUGAUUGCCUGGUUUAAAAAGUACACAACAGACGAUCCUGCACAACUUGGACCUGAUGGAAUGGAACGGUUUUGCGAAGACAUUAAACUCGAGCCAGAGAACAUUGCAAUGUUAUGCAUAGCUUACAAAAUGAACGCUAAAAAUAUGGGUUACUUUACGCAAUCAGAGUGGAUCAAAGGACUUGCUGAUCCUGAAGUUCAGUGUGAUACGCCGCAAAAGUUACAGAACAAGUUAAGCUAUUUCUAUGAUCUUAUGACUGAUCCGCAGACAUUUAAGCUUAUUUUCCGCUACGCCUACGAUUUUGCUCGGGAUAAAGAUCAACGUAGCAUGGAUAUUGAGACAGCAAAAGCAAUGUUAGCAUUGUUACUCAGCAAAUCAUGGCCAUUGUAUAAUGAAUUUUCUGAAUUCCUACAGCAACCAAAAGCACCACGAGUUAUCAACAAAGAUCAGUGGAACAAUAUCUAUGAAUUCAGUCGUACAAUCAAUGUAGACUUGAGUAAUUAUUCGAUUGAUGGAGCAUGGCCAGUGUUACUUGAUGAUUUCGUAGAUUUUUUACAAAAAAAAAGACAAGAAAGUAGCUGAGGAUUGCAAUGGUAACUUCACCAUUUACAGUAAUUUAUUCCAAAAACAAAGCAAAUCAAGAACUACUCAAACAACAUAAACAUAAAAAGUAAUUCAAAUGCAGUACGAAAUGUUGAGGAAUCUCAUGCAAUGAAUAAUUUUAAAAAUCAGUGAGUUUAAAAUGUGGUCAGUGGCGUUUACGCAAUUUGUAUUUUUCUAUUUUUCUUGUGAUUUGUUUUUCAUUGAACGUCCUUUUAAAGAAAUGUUGGAGCAAGUCUCUUAAUUCAAUGUCUUUUUAGAUUUCUUUUGAUACGAACGUGCUAUUUAUCAAUCUGUGAAUUUUUUGUCCCUUUUUAAGUUCAUUCUAUUUUUAAAGAUACUUUUUGGAAUCACUGUUUUGACAUUUCUUCAAGAUGAAUGCGUCAAAUACUUUGAUUUUUGAUUAAAAUUUUUGUAGCAACACUGAAAACAUUUCUAAAGAUACAUUUUUAAGAACAAAACGUGUGAGUGAAAAUUAGAUACAAAAAAGAAAGGAAAACAAAACAAGGUUCCUCAGAGAUGAUUUGAAUAAAUUUCAAAAUAUUCUGAAAACAAAAUCGAAAUCUUUUCACUAAUAAUGGCAAUGAAAGACGAUAAAAGUUAAAUCG